GGGAUUUGUGUGGAAAGUAGAAACGAAGUCAUAGGAAAGAGUAAAAAAGACACAACCGAAGCUCAAGUCCAAAACUCAGAACCAAAAUAGAUGCAAGAAAGAAAGAAAGAUUUAUUCAGAAGUCAUAAUCAUCUUCACAGAAACCUUCUUUAGAUCUUAAUUUAAAUUACCAUACUUUUCCUUACUUCUUCUUGACAAAUUUUACUCCUUUACUGUUUUCCGUUGUAUUUAGGAACCCUGUGAAGUUGGGGGUUUUCUUUUUAUCUAUCAUUUGCUGAAACUUCGAAGAGAGGAUUAAGUAGAGAUGCCCAUAUCUGGGACUGGGAAUUUUCCUAGACUUUUGUCAGCGUUAUCUGGGAGAUGAAAGAAAGAAAGGGAGUAUGAGCGUGAGGAACAAUACAAAUACAGGAAACCAAUUGCUUUCCUCCGCGAUGCAGGGUACAGAUGCUCGAAGUCUGCUGUUGUGUGGAGCUUGGUGGGGUUCCUUCUUAUGCUUCAACUCUACUCUCUUGCUACCCACAGAAGUGCAGUGAAAGGGGAUAUCCAAUUCCGUGUGAAUCGUCAUCCAGUCCGGGAACUUGAACAGGUGGAAGAGGAGAAAAUUCAGGUCCCCCCUGUUAGGAAGAAACGAUCUCCACAUGCGUCUAAAUGGAGACACAAGCGAAAUAGUGCCCUGGUUAAUGAAUUCCUUGAUGAGAAUUCCCAGCUUCGGCAUGUAUUCUUUCCAGAUAUGAAAACUGCUAUAUAUCCUGUGAAGGCAGCAGGGAAUGAAAGCCACUACUACCAUCCAGGGAAAAUUUGGUUGGAUACAGAAGGAAAUCCUAUUCAAGCUCAUGGAGGUGGUAUACUAUAUGAUGAAAGAUCUGCUACAUACUACUGGUAUGGAGAAUACAAAGAUGGACCCACGUACCGUGCACAUAAGAAGGGUGCAGCAAGAGUUGACGUUAUAGGAGUUGGUUGCUAUUCUUCCAAAGAUUUGUGGACUUGGAAAAACCAAGGUAUUGUGUUGCCUGCAGAACAGAAAAAUGAAACCCAUGAUCUCCACAAAUCCAAUGUGUUGGAGCGGCCAAAAGUUGUUUACAAUGAGAAGACAGGUAAGUAUGUAAUGUGGAUGCAUAUUGAUGAUGCCAACUACACUAAAGCUGCUGUCGGCAUUGCUAUCAGCGAAUACCCGACAGGUCCUUUUAAGUAUCUCCACAGCCAAAGGCCCCAUGGAUUUGACAGCAGGGACAUGACCAUCUUCAAGGACGAUGAUGGUGUAGCAUAUCUAAUUUAUUCAUCUCAGAACAAUAGUGAACUUCACGUUGGACCACUAACUGAUGAUUAUCUAGAUGUGCAGCCUGAAAUGCAAAGGAUUAUGGUUGGACAACGCCGGGAAGCCCCAGCUCUUUUUAAGUACCAAGGGACUUAUUAUAUGAUCACAUCGGGUUGCUCUGGAUGGGCACCGAAUGAAGCAGUGGCACAUGCAGCUGAGUCGAUCAUGGGGCCAUGGGAGACAAUGGGAAACCCAUGCAUUGGAGGGAACAAAAUGUUUCGACUUGCAACUUUUUUGGCACAGAGUACAUUUGUGAUUCCUUUGCCAGGCAUUCCAGGUUCAUAUAUUUUUAUGGCGGAUCGGUGGAAUCCAGUUGAGUUGAGGGACUCAAGGUAUGUGUGGCUACCUCUAAUAGUUGGCGGACUUCCUGAUCGGCCCCUUGAGUUCAAUUUUGGAUUCCCAUCAUGGCCAAGGGUAUCGAUAUACUGGCAUCGGAAGUGGAGACUUCCCUUGAGUUGGAGGGUACCGAAAUGAGUGGCUUAUUUUUCUUCAAUUCUAAUACACGGUUCUAGUGUAUUGUAUGUUAAAGCUCUUCACCUAUUCUUUCACUGUUUCGAAUCCUUGUGUCGAGAUUUUU